AUGCCGCCUCCACAGCAAAUCCCAAGCCUCAGACCUUUCAAGCAGAGGAAGAGCUUAGCAACCAGACAAGAGGAAGUUGCUGGAAUCCGGGCAAAGUUCCCAAACAAGAUCCCGGUGAUAGUGGAGCGCUGCCCCAGGGAGAAGUUCCUGCCCCUGCUGGACAAAACCAAGUUCCUGGUCCCACAGGAGCUGACCAUGACCCAGUUCCUCGGCAUCAUCCGGAGCCGCAUGCUCCUGAGGGCCACCGAAGCCUUUUACUUGCUGGUGAACAACAAGAGCCUGGCCAGCCUCAGUGUGACCAUGGCAGAGAUCUACAGGGACUACAAGGAUGAAGACGGCUUUGUGUACAUGACCUACGCCUCCCAGGAGAUGUUUGGCUGCUUGGGGUUGGCAGGUCCCUCGGGGACAGACCCUGCAAUCCGCUCAGGAGUCCCAUACAUGGGUCAGAGAGAGCCAGUGGCCUGUGGAGAGAUCUCCCUGGAACAGCCAGUGUGGACCACGACUAAAAUCAACGGUGCCAGUGCUGGAUAUUCAACAACUCUGGAUGCCGAGCAUCCGGUGCAGCUGCUAGCGCUUAAUACACUUGGAAAAUAUAUGCUGCGUGAACAAGAGACUAUUAGUGACCACGCGGUGGGAGUGGAGCCCCCCCAGGAGCAGCCCUGCAUGCUGCCCCUGUUGCCCUAG